AUGACUCAAAACGAAGAAGUUCUUACUGACACUAAUCCGAAUAUUAACAUGGAUAUUGAAACACACCGAAAGAAAUUCAGAAUUACAAUGGAGCUCCCCUUGUUUUUCACCUUGAUAGCAGUUUCUCUGUCAGGAGCUGUAAUUCGAAAUAUGAUAUUAUACCGUACAUGUGUACAUUCUUUAAAACAUAGUAAAGAGGAAUGUCAAGGAUUUCUCUCACCAACGAAGGCCAACAAUACGAAUCAUUUAGAGGAAGAAGUGCAAAAAUAUGAAGCAUUUGUAUCUAUGGUACGACUGAUUAUUGAAUCACUAGCCCCAGCUUGUCUUUCAUUGUUUCUUGGUGUAUGGUCUGAUACUCAUGGAAGAAAGCCUUUGGUAGUUUGGCCUCUUUUAGGUAUGUCAAUAAGCGGAACAUUAACUGUUGUCUACAGUAUGUUGGAUGGUUUUGGACCGUGGUGGUAUGUCUUGACUGUUAUACCCACGUCUUUCACGGGAGGCUUUACGUCACUUUUUACCGGUGCCUUUUGCUAUGUGAGUGACAUCACUACAGUUGAAAAGAGGUCGUUUAGGAUGACUGUUGUAGAAGCUGCUGUAUCCGUUGGUAGUGUCAUAGGUUCCAUGGCCAGCUCGUACGUCUUGAGGGCAGUUGGACAUGUAUACCUGUUACUCAUAACAGUAACCCUUCAAGUUGCUGCGUACGUUUUUACUAACGUGUGCUUGGAGGAAUCGCUACCGGGCGCAGUCCAGGGCACUCUGUCAUCUGUUUUAGAUUUUUCGCUUGUAAAAGAGAUGGUUCAUAAAUGCUUCAAGAAGCGGCCAAAUCACGGUCGUGCUCAAAUCCUGCUCUUGACCUGUGCGAAUAGUUUGUCAGUAUUCAUUAUGUACGGCUUAAUGAAUUUGGAGUACGAUUACACGAGGGCAAAGCUUAAUUGGGUCAUUAGGCAGUACACGAUGUAUGCAGCAGUGAACACGACGAUAUCUUUUCUUGGCUCUUUUAUUGGAGUCCUUUUGCUGCAGAGGAUAUUUCGUAUUAGCGACUUGUCAUUUUCUGUUGUAGCGUUCUUGUCGUCUACAACUGAAUACGUAAUAAAGACGUUCGCAGUUACCACGUGGUAUAUGUACUUGGGUGCUGGAGUAUCUUUAUUUAAACGUUUAUCAUCUCCAUUGAUCCGAUCCAUGUUAACGAAAAUGUUGCCUGUGGAAGACAUUGCGAAAGGUUUUGCUCUAAUGUGCGCCGUUGAAGCCAUUUCCUCCUUGAUAUCACCAGCACUGUACAGUUCAUUGUAUGUUUCUACUAUUAAAUGCUUCCCGGGCGCCAUCUAUGUACUCAGUAGCGGUAUUACAGGAUUGUGUAUUCUUUUUUUGGGGUUCGUGCAAUGUUUCAUUUGGAAAGGAUCUCAAAUAAGUUUUCAACAAGUAGAGGAAGAAGACACGUCGUAA